CUAAACCUUUAUUUAUGUUUUUUUUGGGUAGAACUACAAUAUAUUUUCAACAUCUUGUUGAUAACCAGGUAAUUAGAACGGCCUUACUGAUAACCGGGUAAAUACUUACGAUAUUGAGAUUCCUUCCUCAAUCCCAGCCGCCAAGAUGUUUAAGGCCGUUGUCAUUGAUGCAGACACCCUCAUUCCUAAGAUCAUGCCUCAGGCUAUUAAAAAUGUUGAAAUCUUGGAAGGAGAUGGUGGUGUUCGAACUGUGAAGAUCAUCCAUUUUGGUGACGGCACCCAAUAUAAGAGUGCAAAGCAUCGUGUUGAUGUUAUUGACAUAGAGAAUUUGACCCACAGUUAUACCAUUGUUGAGGGUGAUGUUCUAGCCGGCGUUUUUGAAUCAAUCACUUAUCAUGUGAAGAUUGUGCCGACAGAAGAUGGAGGAUGCAUCUGCAAGAAUAGGAGCAUUUACCAUACCAAGGGCAACGUUGAGAUCACCGAAGAGAAAAUCAAGGAAGGAAAGGAGAAGGCAAUGCAGAUGUUCAAGGCCGUUGAAGCUUACCUCUAAGCCAAUGCCUAAGAGCUGAAUAUACAGCCUGAUGAGGCACUAAGAUACUAUUGUGGUAUUUUGUUCUUUUGAGCUGUGUAUUUUCUUCUGGCAUCACACCAUUAAAGUUGUACUUUGUUAAUCAUUUCAAUACAAGUGAUUGUUUUCUGGAUUGUUAA